UCCUUCACCACAAUCCUUUCCUUGAUCGAUACUCAAGCGAGUGAACACCCCGAACUCACUGCUAUCGUGUUCGCUAAUGAUAGUCUACAGCCCCUGAUCAAAUCGCCUUUUCAGACCUCCGCGACUUUUCGCGAGUCGCCGCCACAACGCUAGCAGAUCUCCUUGGCGUCGAUAACCAGGAAGAUGAACGACUCACUAUUGGGCUGCUGUGUGCGAGUAACCUCAAUUUUAUUUUAACAUGGCUUGGGCUGAUGCGAUUGGGACACAGGCCAUUUCUUCUGGCGUAAGGAAUAACGGAACCUGUUGGAUUUGCAAGUACGUUUUGCUAAAAGAUUGCGGUCGUUACAGGCCUCAACUAGAUGUCCGCGCGAUAGAACAUCUCUGCGAUGUGUCCAACAUGACGACGAUCAUGGUAGACGACUCUCAAGCAGAUAUCGCGAGACAAUUGCGUAGUUCAAUCCGUACCGUCAAGAUACCAUCGUUCCCCAAAAUACAAAACUCGAGGAACGAGUACCGCGAUAACGACUUGUCCAGAAGUGCGUCUCAUGACGUCGCCUACCUCAGACAUACUUCAGGCACCUCAUCAGGCUUACCGAAACCGAUUGUACAGACCCAAUGGGGUGUCGUGGGCUGCUUGCCCUCCUUCCCACACCCGAAGCAGCCUGCGACGUUCUCAACUACGCCCCUCUAUCACGGCGGCUUAGCGGAUUGCUUCAGGGCUUGGACCAGCGGCGCGAUGAUUUGGCUGUUCUCCGAAGGCAGGAUGCCCAUCACAGGGAGAAACGUCAUCGACGCUGUAGCAUAUGCCCGCAGCCAGAGCUCAGCGGCCGUGAAAUACUUUUCGUCGGUGCCGUAUGUGGUGCAGAUGCUUGCCGACGAGCCGGAGGGCCUUCGGCUCCUCCAAAGCAUGGACUUGGUCGGUGUUGGCGGUGCUGCGCUAACUCCCUCCGUGGGAGACGAGCUGGUUGAGGCAGGGGUUAAGCUCGUCUCGCGGAUGGGGAGCGCAGAGUGCGGGUUUCUCAUGUCGUCUCAUCGUGAUUACGCGGAAGAUAAGGAAUGGCAAUACCUUCGGCCAAUCGUGGAUUCUACGUAUUUAUCGUUUGAACCCAGGGGCGAUGGCCUAUCGGAACUUGUCGUGAAACCGAGCUGGCCGCUCAUCUCUAAGACGAAUAGGGACGAUGGCUCAUAUGCUACUUCGGACUUGUUUGAAGCGCAUCCGUCGAUACCGAAUGCUUGGCGAUACCAUAGUCGAGCGGAUGCCCAGAUUGUUCUGGCUAAUGGGAAGAAGUUCGAUCCCUCUCCCAUGGAGGAAGUGAUCAAGGCAUCAAGUCCUUUGAUUCAAGACGUUCUGGUCUUCGGUACAGGUAAACCAUAUGCUGGUGCUUUAUUGUUCAAGGCUUCAGACGAUCCUUCGGACGAGGAUGUGAUCAAUGCCGCUUGGCCGACGAUACAUUUAUUGAACGGGAAAUCCCAAGGGCAUUCGCGCUUGGCAAGGUCAAUGCUAGUUGUGGUGAAACUAGAAGAUGAAGAUCCGAUUGCGAAAAGUAGUAAGGGAACAAUUUUAAGGCGACAGGCAGAAGCUCGCUUCGCGAAUCUAAUCGAAAGAUCUUAUGAAAGUAAAAGGGUUGUUUGCCCAAAAAUCGAGAAGAUAGAAGAUUCGGAACUCACCUCCGUACUUAAGGAUUUAUUUGCACAGAUCUUGGGUUGGGAGGCCGAUAUUUACCAAGAUCUCUUUGGUCAAGGGGUAGACUCAAUCGCAUGCAUUCAGGUGAAGAAGCUUAUCGAGUCCACCAUGUUUCCCGAGAAAUCCCCACGAUUGCCUACGAAUAUCAUAUAUGACAGUGGUAGUAUAAGUGUGCUGUGUGAAAACUUGAAUCGGAUAAAGAGAGAUGGGUGUCUUCGGAACACAGAGGACGAGAUCGGGGAAUGGGAAUUAAUGCGAGAUCUUUCUGAGAAAUAUGGAGAUUUUACCUCUUGCAGUACUACCUGUUCGGCUAAGAAGCACGGCGAUGUUGUGGUGCUCACGGGUGCUACUGGCACUCUAGGGGCACACAUUCUGUCUACGCUGUGUCGCGACGUUAAUAUCCGAAAAGUAUAUUGUCUGCUUCGUAGCCAGCUGCAAAGCACACCUAAGAAACGCAUGGCCGAUUCUCUUUCUAGGCGUGGCUUGUCCGGAGAAGACAAGAUCAAAGGCGGAAAAGUCGUAAGUAUAUAUUGCGAGCUUUCUAAGCCCCAUCUCGGUCUUUCGGACGAAGAUUGGACACGGAUAAUUACCGAAUCCACGACUUUUAUUCAUGUUGCCUGGAGCGUGAACUUCAGUCUCCCACUUGGGUCUCAAGCCUUCGUGCAUCACAUCGCGGGAACCCGAGAAAUGAUCAAGGCAGCGGUGGCAAGCGGUGCACGAUUCGUCUUCGUAAGCUCAACCGCGGCUGUCAACUCUGUUUUCACGGCUAUUAUCAAAGAGAAUGUUUCGCAGGACCCGUCGCAUGCGUCCCCUCUAGGUUACGCGAGGUCAAAAUGGGUUGCCGAGCAAAUCUGCUCGAGUGCCUAUCAACAGUUGCCUGACGCGAGUAUCUCCAUCGUUCGCGUAGGACAGCUGUGUGGGAACGAGGCAGGAGUGUGGAAUAUGAGCGAGUCGUACCCGCUGAUCCUAUCGACAGCUAGUCUGGCGGGAUGUCUUCCGGAUUUACGGAACCAGUCCCUCAAUUGGCUGCCAGUUGACCAGGCCGCAAGUGCAGUCCUGGAGAUCACGCUGUCGGCCGGUAAUGGUAAAAGAGAAAGUUCCCCGGACAUGCCGGUUUACCAUGUCUUGAAUCCUUAUAGAUCCCCGUCAUGGAGUCAAUUGCUUUGUUGGAUUUCACACACACCAGGAAGCUCGGAAUUUGAGAUAGUCGAACCUGCGGAAUGGCUGCGGCGAGUAGAAUCGGCUUUGGGAAGUUCACACGCAAAACAUCCGUCUCAAGCUUUACUUGGAUUUUGGAGAGGGAGAUACAGCGAUUGCCAAAGUAAAACUGUCCAGUUGCCAUCACAAUUUGAGAUAGAUUCAACUUUGCAGUCCUCGCCGACGAUGAGGGGCUUGAAACCGUUGGGUCGCGAUGAGGUGGUAGGAAUGUGGGAUUGGAUUCAGGAGAAUGCUAAAAAGUUGUAGUUAGCUGGAGCCU